AAAGAGAGUAGUACACUGAGAAAAGCCUGUUGCUUUUUUGUUUUCUUUGAUCAAUCUUCUGCUAUCCAUCCAUCCAUCCAUCUAUCUAUCAGCCUUUAAUAUCUGUGCUCUUGGGGUUCAAAGAAAGCUCGUUUAAUUUCGUCAAACACAAGAACACAGAGAGAAAAAGAAAGAAAAGGGUUUCCUGUGGAGCCCUAUUCAUUUCCCCUUUGCACUUUGCUGUAGUCUUCCCUUCUUUCUCACUAUCUAUCCCCCUUCUACAGUCAGAUACAAAACACACACCCACAUAUACUUGCACAUUAUAUAUAUAUAUAUAUACACAGAGAGAGAAACACACUCACAGGCUAUAGCAGUGGGAGUAUAGUAGAAGUUAGUAUAAAAAGAGAGAAAAUAUAUAAUGCAGCAGCACCUGAUGCAGAUGCAGCCCAUGAUGGCAGCCUAUUAUCCCACUAACAGCGUUACUACUGAUCACAUUCAACAGUACCUUGAUGAGAACAAAUCUCUGAUUCUGAAAAUAGUGGAGAGUCAAAACACGGGGAAAAUAACCGAAUGUGCAGAAAAUCAGGCGAAGCUUCAGAGGAACCUUAUGUACCUUGCUGCUAUUGCUGAUUCUCAACCGCAGGCACCUGCAACUCAUUCUCAGUACCAGCUCGGUGGGAUGAUGCAGCCGGGUGGUCAUUACAUGCAGCAACACCAACAAGUUCAACAAAUGUCGCCACAAGCACUUAUGGCUGCACGUUCAUCCAUGCUCUACAGCCAGCAGCAGUACUCCUCGUUACAGCAGCAGGCCGCCAUGCACAGCCAGCUAGGGAUGAACUCUGGUAGCGGUGGUGGAAGCAGCGGACUUCACAUGUUACAAAGCGACAGCACCAGUGCCGCUGGCGCCAGUGGUGUUGGACACCUAGGCAUAGGAGGGUUUCCUGACUUUGCCCGUAAGCAAGAUAUCGGACUCUCGGGGUCUACUGCCGAAGAACGUGGUGGUGGCGAUGGUGGCGGCGAGACGCAUUACCUGAAAUCUGCUGAUGAAGGUAACUGAUGUUUUACAUGGUGUUUUAGAGCAUAUUAUAUGAAAGUCUCUUAGAUUUUAGUUUCAGAAGUAGGCGAUGAUGAUCAGAAGAGUAGAGAUCUGGAAAAAUAACUUGUUGAACAGCUUAUAAAUGGAUUUCAGUGUCGGUAAUCGCUUGAAACUCGAUCUUGGUGUUUUUAUGU